AUGAUUUAGUUUAUAAAUAUUCCAUGUAAACAUAAUAAAUGGUGCAAUAUUUUGCGUUUGGUAAAUUCUAUGCAUAUGGAAACGGGUAAACCCAACAUCGUGAUCAGUUUUUGUAAUUGAUUUCACAGUAUCGGUAAUUUCCAAACUCGUUCUUUAAGUAAAUUGUGGUUUAGAUGUGAUAUUCAUUAAGAGAAAACCUAGUGAAUAAACUGCAGUUAGUUUUUCGUUCAUGAGAGAGUGCAAAAAAUCUGAUAUGGAUGAGAUUAAAAGGACUUCAUUCCGAUUUAUGAUCAAUUAUGCAGUGAGGUUUUUAACAGCAUCUUUGUUUCUUUAUUCCUGUUGGGUUCCGUUUCAGUAUUUGGGUGGAUGGUUUUCCUGGCAUGUCAUUUUAUGUACCUUUGGGUACAUACCACUUAUGGCGGAAGCCAUCAUGAUGUUUGUCGGUGAUGACAUCUGGAGCAAAAACCUAAGCAGAAAGGCCAAGUAUGCUAUUCAUGGUUAUCUCAUUACGUUUGCUACCAUAAUCACAAUAGUUGGAAACAUUUUAGUCUUUGUUUAUAUACAGCCAGGAUACCAUCUUUAUACAGCACAUGGAAUUACUGGUUUAAUAUCCAUGAUAAUAUUAAUAAUAUCAUGCGUACUUGGUUUAGCAGUAAAUUAUCCCACAGAAGCUGGAAGGAUCAUUGCUAUACGCAACGUCACCUUCAAAUUCAUUCACAAUAUUUCAGGCCUUCUUGGAUACGGAAUCGGUAUAAUGAGUCUCUGUUUUGGUUACUAUACUAAGUGGUUUAUAUACUAUAAUGGUGCGGAAUCAAGAUGUGCAGCGCUAAUCUUUACAAUAUUGGUUUCAAUUUGGCCACUCAAUGGAGCAAUAGUUUCGUUGUAUAACCAAUAUAAAGCAGUAUUGAAAGGAACUAAGAGUCCACCGUCUUCUACACCACCAUCGGAAGAAAAUGUUGUAUAAAUGAUUUCUAAAAUAAAGGUUUAUAUUUUAAACUGAGUAGGUAAAGAAAGGUAUACAGAAGUGUUUGAAAAACAGUAUUUAAAUAUUCAUUAUUUCUACUAAGUGAAGAGAAGUAUUAUUAAUUUUUUGAUAAUAUGAAAUGCAAAUAUUAGAAGAAAAAGAAAGAUUAUUUACGUUUGCGUUAAUUUACUUUUUUCAACGGACCUUUUCUAAAUCAAAUAUGUCCUCACCAACCUGUCUUGGCAUCAACAGAGUCAAAUCUGCAAUACACAUUCCUUUGAAUUUUUAUUAAAGAGGCAAACAUAAGUAGCUGAUAAAGUAUAGCUUUUAGAGGUGAUAUUAUAAUAGCCUUAGGUAAUUAUUAUUUCCAAUUGUUAUUCGGAUACUAAUUUAAUUGUGAUAUUUAUUUAUUCCUUUGUGCAAUAUGAAGUUUGACAUAAAUAUAAUUUUUUCCAAAUGAAA